AUGAAUAGGCAUUCACCAGAGCUUCUCAAGUUCUUGGUUCCACUACUGUUCUUCCAUUUCCAUACCUCAUAUGGUGAUGAUGGCACUGCAGCCCUCAAUUCUCCACCAUAUUUACCAACAACAUGUUAUGGUAAUGGAAGCGAUGAAUCUCAAUUCCCAUCAAGCAACUUUUUCGCAGCGGCCAGUGAUGCAAUAUGGGCCAAUGGUACAGCAUGUGGGAGGCUGUAUUUGGUUAGGUGCAUCACUAGUACUUCAACACCAUAUGCUUGUAAUCAAAACCAGACAAUUCAGAUCAAGAUUGUUGGUUAUAUUGGUGGAGCACCUUUUGCCCACUCAACUUAUAACGCCACCAUGGUUUUGUCCAACACAGCUUUUGGGACUAUUGCAAAUUCAUCAACUGGUUCUUCCUACAUCAAUAUAGAGUUUGAACAGUAA